AUGGCCGAUCAAGACACCGAACUAUCCACCGAACGACCCCAAACUUCCACGACGCGUUUCAGUACAAGCUCUCGCUCUCCAUCUUUUGGUGAGGCUAUCGAGAAACCCCCAGCAUUGUCGCCGGAUGAGACUCAGGCCGAGAGCUCCGGAUCGCCACUUGACGAAGAAAAUCCACCCCUCGGCUCACCACACGAGCGAAACUUGACCGAUGAUGAUGAUUCGACAUAUGAGGAGGAUGCCGAAUCGACCGAAUCGUUGCAAGACGAACAUGUAAUGUAUAUCAACAAGCGAAUAUAUACUACGUUUGUCCCCGAUGUCUAUUCUUGGACGCCGACUGAUGAUUGUGUCAUCGACGUGAUGGAUUUAAUCAAUGCCAUUAGUACGGAGUUGUUUGAUGGCGAACUUUGUCAAGCACCUGUAAUGAACAAGACCCAGAGAGUUCUUGACGUUGGAACUGGAACAGGAAUCUGGGCUAUCAAUUUCGCCGACUCGAACCCCGAGGCCGAAGUGUUCGGUUCUGACAUUUCUUGUAUCCAGCCAGGCUGGGUGCCUCCCAAUCUGAGCUUCGUGAUCGAGAAUUUUAAUCAAAGCUGGACUUGGAAAGAGGACCAUUUCGAUUACGUCCAUCUAAGGAACCUGACAGGUAAUGUCCACGAUUGGUCACAUCUCUUUCGUCAAGCUUUCCAAUGCCUCGGACCAAACGGAUAUCUCGAGAGUCAUGAGCAGUCACUUUGCUUUCACCGCGAAGAUCCAUUUCCGUAUGAUGCAGACUUGGAGGAUUCGAUCAAGGCCAUAGAGAGUUGGAAUUCGAUCUUUAGGAGCAUGGAACAUGAACAUGAACUUCACCGCUCUUUCACCGUUGCGGACGACGAGACCCAGAAGGAGGCGAUGAGCAAGGCCGGCUUUGUGGAUUUGAAGAGGUACUAUAAGCAGAUACCUAUCGGGAAUUGGGCUAAAGAUGGUAUGCUCAAGGAGAUUGGUAUGUUCCAACUAGCCGCUUUGCUUGGAGAUCUCGAGGGUUUACUCAACUACCCGGCUACGGAAUUGGGUUGGAGCUUCGAGGAGAUUGUGCUCUUGCUCAUGGGCAGCGGCAUCGUGCACGAGGCGGAAUUCUGA